ACAGCAGUCCAGUCCGGAGGCUAUACUUCCUUUAUUUCGCUGGUCAACUCAUGCAGGGAAACAUGCGUCUCGUCCUGAUCUUAGCUGUACUCGGGCUGGUCGUCGCCAAGCCUCGGGCUGGUCGUCCUUCCUAUCCAGAGGACAUUCGCUGUAAAUAUGCAGGCGGUAGGUGUACGACCAGCAUCUGUAAAACUGCUAAACUCAAUGUGGAGUGUGGAGGUGGCGAUGAGAGGAUCUGCUGCCGCGUGCGUAAAGAACGUGCGGAACCGGAGGUUGAAUCUAGAUCUGCUCGUGGGGCUGAAGAACUCGACAUGGUUAACAGAGAUCCGAACAACAUCCACGAGAGUUUAGACGUCGAUUUUCCUGAAGUUCGUGGUGAGCCGGAAGGGGUACAGUGGAAGAGUUCCCCAGGAAAAUCACAAAAGUAA